UUAUCAAAAUUUUAAAUAUGUUAUUUUAUUCAAAAAAAAUGCCAUAAACUUUGCCUCUUUCAUCGUCAUCAUCCGUCGUCUUCGAAACCAUCUCCCCUGCCCCGCCCCAAUCUCUAAUAAUUAUAGUCCUUUGUACCAAAGUUAUUGCCUUUUUGUAAUUGGAGUACUAUACCUUUUUGCUUUUUAUCUGAAUUCAAAGUUUCAAAUUAUAUGUACAUAAAUCCAAAUAAACCCACUAAAUUAUUCCAAGUCAUGCCUAAUUAGAUUAAACCCGUUUGCCCCAAAUUUCAAGCCCUUUCCUUUAAAAUUAUUCGCAUUCAAGUCGAGUUUUGAUCAUCAGUACAAAAUAAUUGCUUCUCAAACCAAUCCUUCUAAACAACCUUAAUUUCCUCGAAGACUUUUUUGAUUUAUUUUUAUCAAAAUAAUGAACCCAUCAUAUACUUCACCUCCGACAUCACCUCCUCUAGAUGCGGUGGACACGUCACCCCUCCUUACCCAUUCCAUAGCCGGUCACCUCCUCCGUAGCCGGCGCCUCCUCCGUCGUCCACCUCCACCUUUACGUGAAGCAGCUGCUAGACUCUUCCGCCGUGCCAGCAGUCGUCGCUUGAUGCUCCGUGAGCCAUCGGUUCGUGUACGAGAAACCGCGGCCGAGCAACUCGAAGAGCGUCAAAGCGAUUGGGCCUAUUCGAAGCCCAUUAUAGCCCUUGACAUCCUCUGGAAUAUGGCGUUUGUGACUAUGGCGGUUGUCGUUUUGGGACUCAGCCUUGACGAAAAGCCCAACGCCCCUUUAAGGCUCUGGGUUUCAGGUUACGGUUUACAGUGUUUAUUUCACGUUGCUUGCGUAGUUGUAGAAUAUAAAAGAAGAAACGAAAGGAGGCUUUCGGAUCUGCAGAAUAACGAGGAUGCGGACUUGGGUCCGAAUUCUCAGUCCGGGAGUGAAACAGGGGAUUCAGAGGAUUAUGAAACGGAGGAGCUGAAUGGUGGAGAUGAAACCAGUGUUGCCAAAAGUUUGGAGUCUGCAAAUACAAUGUUUUCAUUUCUUUGGUGGAUCAUUGGAUUCUAUUGGAUAACUGCCAAUGGACAAGUUUUGACACGUCACUCACCUCAGCUUUACUGGCUUUGUGUUACAUUUCUUGCAUUGGAUGUGUUGUUUGUAAUAAUUUGUGUUGCUGUUGCUUGCCUAAUCGGUCUUGCUGUUUGCUGCUGUCUUCCUUGCAUCAUAGCAAUUUUGUAUGCUCUCACAGACCGGGAAGGAGCAACAGAGGAAGAGAUUGAUAGAUUGCCAAAGUACAAGUUUCGCAGAGAGGGUAGUUUUGCGAAAGUAAAUGGUGAAAUUCAAGAAUCUCGUGAGGGGAUAAUGACUGAAUGUAACACCAAUACACCUAGAGAACGAAUUCUUUCACAUGAGGAUGCUGAAUGCUGCAUCUGCCUCUCUGCUUACGAAGAUGGGAGCGAAUUGCGUGAACUUCCUUGCCAUCAUCGUUUCCAUUGCACCUGCAUCGACAAGUGGUUGUACAUCAAUGCUACAUGUCCUCUCUGCAAGUUCAACAUUCUGAAGACCAGUGACCUAAGUGGUAGUGAAGAAGUGUAGCAAAACCUAAUAAUAAUCAACAGUGCUUCUUUCCUUGCUUGUACGUAAUUAAUAACUGGAUAUCUUGUUGGCAUCUAAGAACAGAUUUUGCCGCAAAAGACAGGUGUUGCAUUUCUGUUUUUUUCCAAAUUGUUAAUGUAUAUAGUAGGCUAAAAUAACA